UCCCUCCGUCUCUCUCUCUCUGUCAGUGAUCUUCAGCUCAGCUCGGAGUCAUGAGGAGGCGCUGCAGAGUGUGAAGAUGGCCAACGCCGUGGCUUCCUACGACCAGCUGGCCCACCAGGUGGAGGCGCUCCGUAAGGAGAACUCCCACCUGAGGAGGGAGCUGGAGGACAACUCCAACCACCUGUCCAAACUGGAGACAGAGACCACCGGCAUGAAGGAGGUGCUGAGGCAGCUGCAGAGUAAACUGGAGCAGGAGGCAGGAACUCUGGCCUCGUCCGGGCGGAGCGACGUGCUGCACCAACUCAAAGAGCUCCACAUGGACCUCACCAACUACUACGAACUCAAGCACCAACCUCACAACCUGAGACUGCUGUCGGGGAGCCUGGGAGGGGCGGGGCUAACAGGUGUUGCAGGGGCGGGGUCGGCCGGGGUCGGAGGGGCGGAGCUAGAUGACCGCUUGGCUCUGCCUCCUUCCUCCUGCUCCUCCUCUGCGGCGACGGUAAGCAGAGCCAGGAGUCCGCUCAGAGCGUCGUCCCGUCUGAGCUCAGCAUCCGGUGUGGAAUCUGCCGCCGUCAUGCUGCCGCAUCACUUCCUGGACGGGGCCCCACCCAAAACAGCUGUGAUCAGUGGAGCCGAUGGACGAAUGAGCGACCACCACCUGGAGGAGCUGUACAAGGAGAGAAACCUCCUGUUGGGGGAGAUCGACCGUGAGGAGAGGGAGCGCUGCUGGUACUUCAGCCAGCUGGAGGCGCUGUCACAAAGACUGGCUCAACUGCCUCGCAUCGACACGUUUUCUCUGCAGAUGGAUCUGAUCCGGCAGCAGCUGGAGUUUGAAGCACAGCAGGUUCGGUCUGUGAUGGAGGAACGUUUUGGCACUAGUGAUGAGAUGGUUCAGAGGACGCAGAUGCGUGUUGCUCGUCUGGAGCAGCUGGAGAAAGAGCUGCAGGAGGCCCGAGGGAGUCAAGAGACCCAGCUACAGCUGUCUGGAGCCGAGAAGCCUCCUGCUGGAGAACCAGACAACAACUCGUCAUCGGCUGCUGCAGCAGGAACAGACGCCACUGCAGACGGAGGCAGCAAGGUGGAGAUGGUGUUCUGGCUGCUCUCCAUGCUCGCUAACAGAGAUAAGGAGGAGAUGUCUCGGACUCUGCUGGCUCUGUCCAGCUCUCAGGACAGCUGCAUCGCUAUGAGGAAGUCUGGCUGCGUCCCCCUGCUGGUCCAGAUCCUGCACGAACCUCCGAGCAGCGGUGGCCCUGGGGAGACGGCGGCGAGCGGUACAACAACCGGCUGCAGCAGAGAGGCCAAAUCUAGAGCCAGCGCCGCCCUCCACAACAUCAUCUACUCCCAGCAGGACGAGGGCCAGGCCCGCCGGGAGAUGAGGGUGCUGCACAUGCUGGAGCAGAUCCGAACCUACUGCGACAGCGGCUGGGACUGGAUCGAGAGCCACGCCGGGACACCGUCACCCGGGGGAUCCAAAACUACCGACAUCCCUGAACCUGUGGACCCUCAGAUCUGUCAGGCCAUGUGCGCCAUCAUGAAGCUUUCCUUUGAAGAAGAGUACCGACGUGCCAUGAAUGAAUUAGGUGGUCUGCAGGUGGUGGCUGAUCUGAUCCACCUGGACCAGGACAUGUACGGCAUGCAGAACGACCCCAUCAACAUGGCUCUGCGCCGCUACGCAGGGAUGGCUGUGACUAACCUCACCUUUGGAGAUGUCGUCAACAAGGCCACCCUGUGCUCAAAGAAGAGCUGUCUGCAGGCUCUGGUGGCUCAGCUGGCUUCCGACAGUGAGGAGCUCCAUCAGGUGGUCUCCAGUAUCUUGAGGAAUCUGUCUUGGAGAGCAGACAUCAGCAGCAAGAGAGUCCUCCGAGACAUCGGCUGUGUGUCUGCACUGAUGACCUGCGCCCUGCAGGCCACCAAGGAGUCAACCUUGAAGAGUCUCCUGAGUGCUCUGUGGAAUCUGUCAGCACACAGCAUCGACAACAAAGUGGCGAUCUGCUCGGUGGACGGCGCUCUGGGCUUCCUGGUCAGCACUCUGACAUACCGAUGUCAAACCAACUCGCUCGCCAUCAUCGAGAGCGGCGGGGGAAUCCUUCGAAACGUGUCGAGUCUGGUCGCCACACGUGAAGACUAUAGGCAAAUCCUCAGGGACCACAACUGCCUCCAAACUCUUCUGCAGCACCUGCGCUCCCACAGCCUGACUAUAGUGAGCAACGCCUGUGGGACUCUCUGGAAUCUUUCUGCCCGAAGUCCCAAAGACCAGGAACUGCUGUGGGACCUCGGAGCGGUUAGCAUGCUGCGCAACCUUAUCCACUCCAAGCACAAGAUGAUUGCCAUGGGCAGCGCCGCAGCUUUAAGGAAUCUCCUCACCAAUCGACCCCUGAAAUAUAAGGAUGCUGCAGUUGUAUCCCCUGGCUCCUGCAUGCCCUCACUCUACAUGAGGAAACAGAAGGCUCUGGAGGCGGAGCUGGAUGCAAAACACCUUGCGGAAACUUUUGAUACCCUUGAGAAACAGAGCCCCAAGCACCUGACCCUUAACAAGCCACUACGGCACAUUGAGAGUCUGGCAAAGGAUUAUGCAUCUGACUCUGGUUGUUUUGAUGAUGACGAGGCCCCCAACGUCUCCAGUAGCCUGGACACUGGGAGCUUCUCUAUGCUGUCCAUGUUCCUUACCAACUCUAACUUCCUGCAAAGCCAGCCACGCAAGAGGGAAAGUGAGCCAGAGAGAGAUGUAGACAUGCCUCAGAUGGUCGAGAAGACACAUGCACCUCCUGACGAUGUGGUAUCUGCCGCGGCAGAGAAGCUAGCCAAAAAGAUUACCAACACGGUUGCCAAGAUCGACAGGUUAGUGGAGGACAUCACUAUGCACACGUCCUCGGAGGACAGUUUUAGCCUCAGCUCUGAGGACCACCUGGCGGACUGGCCUUAUGGACUGGAUGAACUCAAUGAAGCCCGGGCGAAAUCAUGUUCCCCAUGCCGUCUCUCUGAUACAAGCAGCCUGGCCCACAGAGAACGCCUCAGUAGAGCCCACGCUCUCUUGCGCCUCAAAACUGCCCAUACAAGUGUGUCAACAGACAGCCUGAACAGUGGCAGCACCAGCGAUGGAUACUGCGGUAGUAAAGACCAGAUGAGACCUGCUCCAAAAGCUCUAAUGAUGCAACAACGACCCAACCAGCUUGAUCUCAAGGUGGCUCAUCAGGAUUAUCUUAAUGUAGGACUUGCUGCUCUGAAUGAGACUAACCAGCAAGAUAUUCCGGAGAGAGAUUCUGUGGACAACAAAGACACCAGAGCUCUUGAACUCAGCAGCACAGAUGCAGAAAAGAACCAGGAUCAACCUGUACAAACGCCUGUCAGUGCAUCCACUAAAGUCUCCUCUGAUGUCAGCAUGACUUCAAUUAAACUGUCUCCUUCUUAUCAACAAGUCCCACUCAUUCAGAGUGUGGCCAAAUUUGGUGUCGCAAAAACAGCCAUCAAUGUUCAGGCUGCCCAAGCAAUGCGGAGGCAAGCAUGGGUACCUACUGUGAUGACUGGGGGUAGCAUUACCAAAUUCUCUCCAAUGCCAUCCACUAGAAGCCCAACUAUUGGGCCAAUGGAGACGGUCCAGAAAUACUCAGUGGAGAAUACCCCGAUUUGCUUCUCCCGCUGCAGUUCUCUCUCCUCCCUCUCUUCUGGUGAUGGAGCACUUGAUGGACAAAGUGAGAAUGAGCUGGAGAGUGACUCUUCAUUAGAAAUAAUUGAAGUGGAGGAUGGAGAAGUGGUGAAGAGAGCUGAAGAGGAUGAAACCUUGGAGGACCUGAGUGACAGCCAGCUGCUGAUGACUGACUCAAAAACCUUCCCCAGCAAAGAGACCAAUCCCAUUGAGAUUCCCUGUCCUGCCAAAAGGGAAAAGGUGUUCCUUAGAGGAGCUUCACCUGCCAUACUGGAAGACAGAUCUCCAUCCAGUUCGUCUGAGAACUACAUCCAUGAGACACCUCUGGUCAUGAGUCGCUGUAGCUCAGUCAGUUCAUUAGGCAGCUUUGAGUCUCCCUCUAUUGCCAGCUCAAUCCAAAGUGAUCCAUGCAGUGAGAUGAUUGAUGGAACAAUAAGUCCAAGUGAUCUUCCCGAUAGCCCAGGGCAAACCAUGCCUCCUAGUCGAAGUAAGACUCCAUGUUGCGUUGAGUCAAAUGGACCAGAAACACAAACCACGGGAAUAGCAGGCCAAUGGGAAAGCAGCCUGCGGAAGUUCAUGGAGAUUGCGGACUCGAAAGAGAGGUUUAACCUUCCUCCUGACCUGGACACCAUGAUCUACUUCACUGUGGAAAAGCCCACUGAGAACUUCUCUUGUGCUUCGAGCUUAAGUGCUCUGCCUCUUCAUGAACACUACAUUCAAAAAGACGUGGAAUUGAAAUUGACCCCACUACUUCAGCAAAAUGAUAAAAAUCUUCCUUUCCCUGAUGAGGAUGAGCAAGGAUUAGACCACGGUGAGAGAUACAGUGAAGGUAACUCAGAUGAUGAUAUAGAAAUCUUAAAGGAAUGCAUCAACUCAGCAAUGCCCUCCAAGUUCAGAAAAGUAAGACCAUCCCUGAUGACCACCAUCCCUCCUCACAUUCUCAACUCCCAGAUCCGAAAACAGAUACAUCUUCCAGUGUACAUGAUGCUCCCAAAUGGAAAAACCCAAAUGUGUCCUGGGAGGAGAAUUGUUAUCCCACAAAAGGACUUGAAAUGUGAUGAUUCCUCCUUCACUGAUUCUGCAGAGGGUACACCUGUCAACUUCUCCAGCACAACAUCGCUAAGUGAUGAAACACUUCAGUAUCCAGUGAAGGACAAGGGCGCUAAAGACUGCACAGCUAAAGGCAUGAACAAACAGGAAUUGCUCAACGAUGAGGCGAAGAGGAUCGAAGACUUGAGGAUAUUCUCACAUUUCCACAAACCCAACAGGAUGAACUACCCUCCUGAGAUACAAAUGAACCGAACAACCAAACAUAUCAUUCCCACUCAGAGGGUGCUAAUGCAGAGCAAAGAAGUGGCCGACAGAGUGGCAAACCAAAGAAAUCGCGAUCAGUCUCCUAACCAACAAAAGAAGAAGCAAGGGCAAGGCCCAGUCAGGAAAUUGGAGCUGCCCGUUAUAAAGCAAAACACAGAAAGUAACCUUAAUAUGGGAUCACAAAAAGGAAAAACAAUCUUUCGCCAAAUGACACAUUCUUCAGAGGACAGUAACAGCUUCUAUGAUGGUGAAAAUGAAAAAGACGAAGGAAUGAAAAGAACAAGUAGAAAACAGAUCAGGGAAGCAAGCAGAAAUACUCUCUCCCGAAGCAUGACAAAUAUCGGCAGGAUUGAUAAUUCCCAAACAAAGCCCAGAGGAUUUCACAGGAUUAAACAGAAUCUGAUAAAGGAUGAAUCUCUGGCAUGUUACUCCCUCAGCUCCUCGCUCAGUUCACUGAGUGAUGCCGAGUUUGAGGAUCAGAAAUCAAAAGCCCAGCAGAUAUGGUACAAAAACAGACACAACAAAACACUGAAUAUGAUGAAACAAACAAAGAUUAUGAACAUUCACAGUCAAUACGAAGAGCCAAGCUCACCAAGCUCUGUCAGCAUGGAUUCAGAGGAUGACCUCCUUCAGAAAUGCAUAACAUCUGCCAUGCCCAAGCAGAGAAGGAAGCUUGCUGCCAGGAAGAAGAAAGCAGAAAAUACUCAAAAACAAAAGACCUCUGAUGGGUGGAACAUGGAUGAGGAAAUGGAUAGUGAUGAUACAGCAUGGGACAAAGAUUCAGACCUCAACAGUGUUGAAUGGAGAGCCAUACAAGAAGGUGCUAACUGUGUCGUCACUGGGCUGCAGGCAUCCAAGUCUCAGGAGCCAUCCUCUGAAGAGACUGAAUCAGUCCUGUCAUUCAUGUCAACAUCCAGCUUUACACCCAAAGAAAGGAAAUUUGCUAAAGACAAAAAGGCAAAUAAACCUCUAGACUUCGCACAACGCAAGCCAGUUCCAAACCUACCAGUGGUUUUCAGAGGCAGGACAGUGAUCUAUACACCGAAAAAAGAGACGGCUCCAUCGCAAAGACCUCCUCCCAGAAAAGUACCAACCAAGACAGAUGCUCCAAAGAACCCAAACCUCGCUCAGCACAGAUCAAAGAGCCUUCACCGAUUAGGUCACCCCCAGGACAUUGAACUGUCUUUGCCAAAGAGGAGCUCUACUCCACCUCCAAGGAUACCAAAAAGUUCAUCCUCUGGAUCAUCGCAAAGCUCUACACCAUCCAAACAGUCACAGAAGAAGAUAACAUCCCCAACUCAGACAAAUAAAUCUGUCCAGAAAAAGAAUGCCUCACCAGCUAGUAGCCCUCCAGCUAGUAGCCCCCCUGAAAGAAAGGGACGCUCUCCUGUUGUGAAUCAGAAUGAAAAAUCCCCACCACCCAAAACUCAAAAGUCACCUGUCCGGAUCCCUUUUAUGCAAAAUUCAGUCAGGGCUAGACCUCUGUCACCUCUGGUGACUAACCAAGCAAGCACCAAACAAAUCAAUCAGGUCAAUGGGAAAAAGGUGUCCCCCGCCAAUCGAUUUGAACUUGUCAGGAUGACUUCCGUUCAUUCAAGUGGUGGUGAGUCUGAGCGCAAUGGAUUCUUGAGACAGCUGACUUUCAUUAAGGAAUCACAGACUGCGCUGAGACGUGAUGGUACUGUACGCAACAUGCCUGGAUCUCAGAAUGGAUCCCCCCGCAGAGCAGUUCCUGGAGCUUCAGCUGUCUUCCUUUGCUCAUCACGCUGUCAGGAACUAAAGGCAGCUGUGCAAACCCAGAGAAGGGUGCAAGUAAAAGCUCCAAAACAAGCACAGCAAGUCCAGAGGCCAGAACCUGGCCUUCAGAAGCAGACUACAACCCUCUCUAGAGCGACCUCCAGUGAAAGGGACCUAUCUGCAAGACGCCCAGCCAGGAGAACUAGCUCUGAAAGCCCCUGCAGGGUGGCUCAGCGAAACGUGCCUGGCAAAGUGUCCGGAGCCAGGCAGCACCAAGACAAAGAUACCUUUAAACGUCACGCCUCAUCACCGAGCAUAAACAUACUGAGCCGAGUGACCAGUCGUUCUUCCCUCCGUUCAUCAUCAUCCGAUUCGAGUGGAAGAGCAAAGAGUGAGGAUGAUACAAAGAAGAAAGGGCAGAGAGCUGCAUCCCGGCUAAAUGACAGAGUGACCUGGAGGAGGAUCAGGGACGAAGAUGUACCUCAGAUCUUGAAAAGCACUCUGCCAGCCAAUGCACUACCUCUGGUGCCUUCUCCUGAUGGGGAAAAGCCAAAGUUACCAGCUCUUCCAGGAAAACUGCCAACCAUUCUUCUUGCAUCUCGCAAGACAAGUGAUGCGACAGUCCAGACAGAAGAUUUUUCGAAUAACAAGACCAACUCGAGCACCUCCCCCGCGGUCGAAACUGCUCCGGUGAUCUCAGAGGAAGUGGCACGAUUUGCGCUACUCAGAAAGAUCAGUGCCACCUCUGGGAGUAACCCUCCGGAUGGAGAUUCAGACGCCUCCCUGAGGAGCCACAGCACUAUCUCCACGGGAACGCCAGACAGCCACGUGGGUGGAGUUGUCCACUUCCGCCAAGGAUCCCCCAGCAAGGCCGCCCGAGUCACUCCAUUUAAUUACACCCCCAGCCCCAUUUCCUGCUGCCUGCAAGACACACAGAGCCAAGCAGCCACAAUCAAUGAGAAGCCAGGGGAAAAGACUGAGUCGUAGGACGUUUAGUGGAUUACUGGACGACACUGAUGACUCUACUGUGUUCCUAAAUGAAAUUCAGCACUCAGGUGGAUGGAGUAGGAGUGUGCUGCCCCUUUACCUCGGGUAUUGACCCUUUACUUUCCCCAUUCACUGCAUUCAAGUUUUUCUCUUUAUUUCCUGAACAAUUGAUCACAGCUUCCAUCUCCCAUUCAUACAGGGUUGGAUGUAUGCAUUGAGACAGGUCUGACACGAACAGAUCAUCAAUAACUUUUAGAGAUGCACUUCAGAGAAAAAUCUCACAUGAAACGGAAGUGCAUCUUUUUGUACUUUUUUUGUAUUUGUAGAAUAAUCAUUGCCUGGUAGAAAUGUAGUGAAAACAUAAAGACAAUGAACUUGAUUUCAGCACAUAAAUCACCAUCGGUCUCCUGGACAGAAUCGAUAAAAGAACAAUAUUAUGCAAACUUCUGAAGGAUUACUCAGCUGGACUUUUACCUGAAAAGGUUCAAACUGUGGCGGACUGUUGACAGACUCACACAACAACAUACACUAACAUGUAAAGUAUUUUUUACAUACAGUACAUAAACGCUUUGGGCCUUUGCCUCACCACUCAACUGACUACGAUACACUGUUAGCCUUUUCUGUGACAUACAGAGCCCAGUAGGGCUGGGCCUACAUUUGUGAUGAAAUAAUUUCUUCAAAUUAAUCACCUUUAUUCCAUUUCACAAUAUAAUCCCAGGCGUCUGAGAUUAUUUUGGGAUCUUGGACUGGAAUUAAUAUGUAUUACAGGUUAACAGGAUGGAAUCUUGGUGAAAACUAUUAACAGAUAGAGACAGUUUAAAACACGAUUUAAUCUUUUGAAGGAACAAAAAAUAAAUUUGAGGGAGCUUAUUAACUAUGAACCACUGACUCGAGUGUUCAAUUUGGAUAAAAAUCUAUCACCAUAUAAAUAAUUUAGAUGUUACAAAACUGAUAUAGACUGAUCAGCCAAAACCUUAAAACCAUCAACAGAUAAAUAACAUUGAUUAUCUUGUUACAUUGCAACGUUCUGCUGGGAAGCCUUUGGUCGUGGCAUGCACUACCCACCCAAACACUGCUGGGGACCACGAACCCCCACUGAAUGUGGCAAGAAGCUCAAUACAUUGACCCAAAUUAUUGAUUUGAGGGAAGGAUUUAUCAAAAUGUUCAGCCCGACAUCUACUGGACUCCAGUUCCUUCACUGUUGCAGAACAUAUAGCAAAUUCUGUCAUUUUCAAAUUCUCAGCUGAUUGUGGGUAACUCUCCUGUACUCGUUGUCUUAAUCAGCAUUGUAAAUAACAUGAAAAAUAUACAAAAUCUUCAACGCUUCCUGGUGGGCAAAAGAAUCUGUGUUGCUCCCUGACAGCAUGCUAAUAUAUUCACUGACUGUAUACACACCUGUUAACAUUGUGGACGAUGGAAGACAAUGAUAUUGUUAUUCAGAGGUCACACACUUUCUAAAGCCAGACGAGAGCAUUACUAGCCAUCUGUAUUCAAGUGCCGCAAAGACCUGAAAUGCUAUAAACUGUCAGCACAGAUGAACAAAGCAACUUCAUGCGUCUGUUCAUCGAAUGACGUUAUCUUUGUGUUUGCUUCUAGAUUCAGGCACUGUUUGCUGUUGAGUAUUUCCUGUCAAGAAACAAAAAGAUUUGAUUCAGUGAUGGCUGGGCUUCGAGUCGACAGACUUGUGUCCUUACAGAAGUCUUAAUAACGUGUUAAUAUCUGCUUAACUGUGUUGCUGUAAAAGUAGUGAUAGGUUGAGACAUUGUCGAGUAUUAAGACGAUGAGUAUUCUCUGUAGUUGUACCAUCACUCCUCCAUGUGUGCUCGGGGGUCAAAGACAGCAGAGUGCUGGACGGAACCAACAUGAAGGGGCUGUUUAUUCAUUAAAACAAGGUUUUGUAUUUACCACCCUGCUGUAUUUCCAAAGCAUGUUUUGAGUAUGAAUAAAGCCCAAGUAGCUUCUGAAUGCAAACCUUUCAGGUCCCACUAGCCAUUUUAAGAUAUACAAGUGAUACACCACCGAAAUCUUUUGACGAUCAAACACUCACCUCUUGUAAGUGGUUUCAGGUAACGCUCAUUAAGAUUUUGUGCUUGCAAAAUGAUGUUCAAAAAUAAUUUCAAAGCCUGUGGUUGCAUAUCACCUUUUGUGAACUUUAUGGCUGUACCCAACUCAGAAUUAUAUCAUUUGAAGUACAUUCAGACGUUUAUGAUGAUUCCAGUCCCUGACUUUCAAGGGUCAGUCCUGCUGAAAACUCUGCAUGAAAGGUUCAAGUUUGGAAAAGUGCAGUUCUAAAAAUGUCUACAGAAAAUUGUGCACGAAUUAUAUCAAAAACUCUGAGGAAAAAAUUGAGAGAAAAACUGUGUGACACUGACGUCACACAUCAUGACACACAUUCAGGUUGAAAGUACAAAUUUUAGCCAAAAGAAACCCUGAUUACAUUUCUGCACAUUUUUUUAGACAUUGUAGACUUUUUGGGUGGUUACAAAGUUGGCCAAUAUAUCGGUUCAUUCGAAUUUUUAUGCCGCCACACUGGCGAUAGCCGUGGAAGGACGCAUUAUGCUUUCAGGUUCGUACAUCCAUCCCAUCCUUGUGAACAUAUCUCAAGAACACCUCAAGGGAAUUUCUUCAAAUUUGGCACAAACAUCCACUUGGAUUGAAUAAGAAUUUUUUUGGUUGAAGGUCAAAGGUCAGUGUGACCUCACAAAACAUGCUUUGAGCCAUAACUGAAGAAUUCAUUCACUAAUUCUGACCAAACUUGACACAAAUGUCUAACAGGAUAAAAUAAUGAAGGUCAAAAGGUCAAAGGUCAGCUUGACUGUGACAUCAUCAUGUUGUAACGUCAUAUCUCAGGAACAGAAGGGGAGACAUUUGGUCAGAUACUGAAUUGGUGACUCUAAUCUUGAAACUGUGCUGAUUGUAUAGAUCUUCUGUGUGUGAAGCAUCCAUGUUCUCACUGACAUGGACGGAGACUGUCAGAGACACUGGACUGGUGGGCGGAGUCAUACAACCACAGGGUGGUAAUUCUAUUUUUUUUUUUUUUAAUUGUGUAAAAUAGUCAAAAUUAAGUGCAUGCACACAAAGGUUUCUUUCAGUCAAAAGUCAUGUAGACGACAGUUACUACAUUAACUGUCCUCAGUCACAGCAGACCUGUAAAUCAUGUUGAACACGUCUGUGUAAGGUUGCUGGAAAAUAUCACCAUAAUGUACACUUACUGUUAUCAGUUACAAUGACCUUUAAAGGCCUGAAAACAAAAGGUUUGUGGUUUUUUCGUCCAGCAAAUGAGAUGAGAUGUGCUUGCACAAGUCAGAUGAUUAUAUACAUUAUUUCAGUACUGUAAAGAAGCUUGGUGUGAUAACUGUCAGUUUUUAUACCAUGGCACACCUUGAGACUGAUAUAGCGCUCUAGCCCUGUUUAUGUGAGACGCCAUGGGAGUCAACUGAAACAGUUAAUGGAUUCUACAAUGUUCACAACUAGUUCACGCAUGUUAGUAUACAACCAGAGUUUGAAAUUAUUUCUGAACAUCAUUUCAUAAAGUCUGAAUCUUUAUUUGAUGAUCUGAAGCCAGAACUGAAGGCUUGGGAUGUGGGUUUAUAAACUCUUUGUGUUUGAUAGUUAAACAAACUUGGGGAGGAGAAUCACUUCAACAGCCCCUAAAAGUCAAAUCAGGAUGAAAGGAUGAAAAUUGUGAAAGUGAAGGAGACGGACAGGGAGUUCGUCCCCAUGUUUAAAAGUCAAUAGAUGGUCCUGGAAGUUAGUCCGCCAUCACUGUCGGCGACCUUGUUCAAGCCUGGCUGGAGACGAGACUUUAGACGAGUUCGUGUCCAAACUGAUUCAGACUUUUGAGUUUUACAUCACUUCCUUUAUGCUCUACAGUUAGCAUUUUCCAAUUCACAAACUAAAGGGCCCCGUCGACACGUAUACAUGUCAUUUUGAAAACAUAUUUUCCUUAAUGUUUCGGCCUCUUAUCCACAUGCAUUUUUGAAAAUGUCCAGUAACUUUGUAUUCAUGUGGAUGUAAAAUGGAGCGUUUGGGAAACAGUGGCGUCAUCUCCUCAAUUUGUUUCUCCCGUUUUGUUACCAGUGAUUGAUCCAAAGACAACUCUACAUUAAACUCAGUAUUGCUGCACCACUUCACAGGCAAACAGAGGCGUCUGCUGUGAACGGUGAUGAGAUCUCCAGUAGGUGUUUUGCAAAACAUAAUGUCAGCCUGUACGCUUCGAUAACUUUAUGACAAGAGGAGACUGUUGAUGAUGGCUAACACCGGCGAGCAUUUGGAGUCAGUUUUGAGUUUUAAUGCAGACAGAUGUUUUGUAAAACGAAGGUCAUGUGGACAGAAUUUUUGGGGGGAAAAUAUCAGUUUUUAAAAAUAUAUACACAAACGUGUAGACGGGGCCUUAAUAUCUGAAAAUUCUGGAUAGUUCAAAGUAAUCUGGAAAUAAAUGUGACUGAAUCUGUUACCACAACUGAAAAUUAGCUAUAUUAUGAGAGGACUCUGGAGCCUUUAGUUUGAUGGACAUGAGCUAUAAGUUGAUGUCUUGUUUGAGCCAAUCACAGUGGCGGGGAGGUCGCAGCCAGUCAUGCGUGAACAAGGCCACAGAGGAGUUAUGGUGCCAUGUGAAAUAGGCGAAGCAACAGAGGUGUGUCAUAAUAAAUGUUUUCAUCCAAUAAAAAAGUGACGUGUUUCAUUAAA